AUGCCCUCCGACAACGAUAUUUGGGACCUGGCGGGAAAUCUGCAAAAAACCUGGGAGAAAUGGAAGGAGCUCGGGAGAGAACUAGGACUCGACGAGGACGCCCUCGGAAGGGUCCAGCGAGCGAGCGAGAGUCCUCCGAGGAGCCCGCUGAGGAGGAUGUACCUCCUCCUCAGCGAGUGGAGAAGGACCGAGGCCCGGCAUCCCUCCUUCGGAGCGCUCCGCGAGGCUCUGCGCCAGAUGGGCAUGGAGCAGGAGGCAGACAAAAUCGUCGACUUUAUUUGCAGGAAGAACUGCGACGAAACUCGCAGGGAAUUCUGGAAACGGAACGCGCGAAAUUCGGAACCAACUGAUGGCGCCACCAAGAAAGAAACUACCGAAGGAUUCGGACAUAGCGAGAAGGAAUCGGGGAGAGAAACUCGUCACGGAGCAAAGCCCGAGGAUCGAAGUGGACCCUCUCGGUCGUAAGUUCCAAGAUCAUUUGAUCUCAUAGAAUC